UCAAUGGAUGCCUCCAUUUUUCCUCCCCCUCUCUUUGCACUCUUCAAUCACUGUGUAGAAGAAUUGCAGUUUGCAAUCUCUCUCUUUUUCUCUCUGCAUUAGCCCCUUGAUUCCCUGUUCUUUCCAUUUUAAUUCCAAUUCCGUUACCCACUCAGGAUCAAGAUGGAAUACGAGAUUCGAUUUGGGCAGGUUCAAAGAUCAAAAUAUGAUUGUCUACUAUUUGAUCUUGAUGAUACUCUUUAUCCCCUUAGUGCUGGCCUGGCAACAGCAGUUCUUAAGAACAUUCAAGAUUACAUGGUUGAAAAGCUCGGUAUUGAAGAGAGCAAAAUAGAUGACUUGUGUAAUCUUUUGUACAAGAAUUACGGCACUACAAUGGCAGGCCUUAGAGCAAUUGGCUAUGAUUUCGACUAUGAUGAAUAUCAUAGCUUUGUCCAUGGGAGGUUACCUUAUGAAAACUUGAAACCGGACCCUGUUCUGAGAAGCCUUUUGUUAAGCUUGCCUAUUCGGAAAGUUAUCUUCACUAAUUCUGAUAAGGUCCAUGCCAUCGAAGCUCUCAAAAGACUUGGUUUGGAAGACUGUUUUGAAGGGAUCAUCUGCUUCGAGACUCUCAAUCCUACACACAAGAGCACUGUUUCUGAUGACGAGGAUGAUAUCGAGUUUCUGGGAUCCACACAAUUGUCUCGUCCCCUUAGCACAAGCCCUAAGAUUUUCGACAUAAUUGGACAUUUUUCUCAGCCUAAUGCAGAAUCAACUGGAUUGCCAAAGACACCAAUUGUCUGCAAACCAUCAGAAUCCGCCAUUGAAAAGGCUCUUAAAAUUGCCAACAUUGAUCCACAUAGAACAUUGUUCUUCGAGGAUAGUGUACGAAACAUUCAGGCUGGAAAACGCGUAGGCCUUGAUACUGUACUGGUGGGGAAAUCUCAGAGAGUAAAAGGUGCAGAUUACGCAUUCGAAAGCAUCCAUAAUCUCAAAGAAGCAUUGCCCGAGCUUUGGGAAACCGAUAAGGUUGCUGAAGUUAAUUACUCGGGUGUUGCAGUCGAGACAUCUGUUACAGCUUAGGUUCUAUGUUCAUUCAUAGUAUCGGAGAAAUCCUUAAUUCUAUGGCUUUUAUUAAAUCAUGUAAAUGUUCUGUUGCUAUCAUCAGUUAAUAUAAUUUUUUCUUCAAAAAAUAUUGUAGUACUAUAUAUAAGCUGCUUGCAUUUCUGGUCACUGUCAAUCAGUUUAAUCAUAAUACGAUGCUAAUCCCUUGAAGAUUACGCUGGUUUAUGCGUAUAAUUUAGAUGUCAACACUAUUUCUUCAAGUAGUGAGACAAAAUUUGACGUGUAAUGUACUAAACUUGAAUUUAAUAAAUGGAGUGGCUAAGAUUGUUGGUGUA